AUGUCUGAGAAUUACUCUAUCUUCACCAGCCCGGAUUUCGAUGCAUCCGACUAUGCGAAUGCCGUCCUGGCUGGCGAACCGUAUACCUUGCCUUCUGCAGACAGGUCUGAGCCCAAGACUCCCCGGAGGACCACAUUCCAACCUCCCAAGGAAGAUCUGUCUGUGGUGAUCUCGAAGCUUGACCACGGAAUUGACGAUGUUUCCAAGCAACUCAAGUCUGUGGUCACUGCACACCACGAGGAACUCCUCACACAAGCCGCAGGGAUGAGCCAGCUUCAAGGGUCGAUGAAGACGGUUCGUGGUGGUCUCGACGAUCUGGAUUUGUCUCUAGACAAGCUUCGCACCAAGAUCACCAACCCGUAUCAGACGCUGCAAAGAAGCGUAGCUCGGUUGAGCAAGCUGCAGGAGGCGUCGGAGAUCCUAAGGCGGACGUCCCGAUUCGUCAUCCUUGCUCGACGGCUCCAGGCCCAGAUGGCUGAAAUGAACAACUCCGGUACUGGAACGAACGGUGAUACGGACACACAGGCAGACGGUCGUCCAUCGCUCGAUAGACGAGGAUCUCUGGCCUCUCUAUCUGCCACGGAACUGGAAGACGAAAGUGAGAAGGAACGAACGAUUGCAAAAGCUGCGCUCAGUGUCGCAGAGCUCAUGGCCUUAAUCGACGCGAAGCCUGAACCGCACGCAACGGACAGUGCAGCUCCAGCGGAGGAGAUACCGCUCCGUUCGGUGAAUGCAAUCGCAGCGUAUAUCCCUUUCAUCGAACAAGCAAAGGUUAAGAUAACCACGGAGAUGGAGACGAUGGUCUUGACCGGUCUUGCGACUACAAAUCAAGCUCUCUUGGCUUCCUCCUUGCAGACGGCCUUCAAUCUACGGGUGCUACCGGAUUUGGUCAAUAAUCUCGUGGUGGACUUAUCAGAGGCCGUCGAGGAACGCAUCAAAACUGCUUUUGACCUAAGCCGAAUUGCGAAAGAAGUGUUGGCGAAAGAGCCUGCGCCUGCGCACCAAGGCGUCCUCUACAAGUCACGGCUCAGGACAGAACCGACGAACCUUACCGCACCACAGUGGACAGCCGCGCUUUGGCAAAGGUUGGAGUUGAUGAUCGAAGAAAUGGCUGGGUGUUGUAUCAAGGUAUAUACUCUGGAGAAAGUCCUCAAGCUAAGGAAAGAUCCUGUAUCCGGCGUCGUAUUCCUCGAUGAAGCCAUGAAAGUUUUAGAGAAUAAGCCUAGCUCGAUCUUCUGGACUGCGCUUUCGCAUGCGCUCGAGAAACAGGCUCGAGAAGCAACGAAAGCGUCCAUGUUCUUGCAACAGACACUGACUUCCGGUUAUCCUAGACUUCUGCGGCUCUUCCACGACUUCUUUGCCAAGAUCGCCGUGCAUACAGACACAGUUUAUACACAUAACCAGCAGAGUCCUGAGACCGUCCUGGUUAUGCGCGCCUUGUCAAGUUUUGAGGCGUUGUACACAUCAAGAUCAACGAACCGGUUGAACGAGGCCGUAGGUCAGGCGUUCUCCGGAGGGGCGCGUAACCCACCCAGCAUGAACGAGGGCAUCAACGUCGCGAGAGCUAUCGCCAAUGAGUUAGAUUCUGCGAAAUUCGACCCACUCCUCGUGAAGACCAUCGCCCGGAAUGUCUCAUCGAGUCUGGACAUCAUGCUGAACAGAGCGGACUCUCUGGUCGUGAGGGACCGUUCGGCGACAACGCUCAUCGGUCCAUCUGCUACCCCUCAACAAACGGUCAACGCUCAGGUGGCGACUUGCUUGUACCAUUGUUCUGCUCGUCUGGAACAACUUCAGAGUGAGUAUUCCGAUACGGUGUUUAAGAUCCUCGUUCCCGGUAUUCAAAAAGUACAGUCGGCGUAUGAACGCAUAGUGGACCCGUUGCUGUCUGCGAUCCGUCGGGAGCUAGCCGCUAUCAUCGCCAGACUACAUCGUAUCGACUUUGGGCAGUCAGAUCCCCUGGCGGGGAUGGGCGGCACAAGCCCAUACAUGAAAGACCUCGUCGAUAAACUAUCCUUUAUCAAGGUGGAGAUCCUAUCCAAAUUCAACGUGGGGAACGCGAGCCGCACAUGGAUCAUCACGAUAAUCAAGGACGUAAUACGGACCUUCGUGCUCCAUGUCUCCAUCGCGAAGCCGUUGAGCGAAGGUGGCAAGCUGCAGCUUACGAGUGAUAUGACGGAGCUGGAGUUCGGGCUGAGUGCGUUCAUGGGCGAUCAGGGUGCGGGCAAGCGAGGCGGCAAUCUGGGGGACAUCGGAGACGAUUACCGUAUGCUGAGGGCAAUGAGACCCUUACUCUUUCUCGAUAACGCUUCGUUGGCUUCUCCGGAGCAGACGAAGGGAUUGCCGCCACUCGUCGUCUUACAUCACAUACUAGUACGGUCGCCCAUUCCGCUGCCGCAUACGUUGCAUGGCUGGGCGGAGGCCGAGUACGUCCGUUGGGUGGACGAGCACUCGGACGAGGAAUCGUUGACGCUUAUCGAGGGCGGUAUAACACACUGGGAAAAGACGGAUGGCGAAGAUGUUGGCUCUGAAGAUGCCAUGGAGUACGUUAGGUUGGCGCGAACUGUGUUGUCCAACGCGAAGGCGAAACCUUGAUAGCGACGGCUCCGAAUAUAUACCCUUUUAUUUGGG